GCAGCCCUGACACCUCAAAACUCAAGUUGGAUCUGCCAGUUUUAUGAGAACCAGUAUCACUUUGCUACUCUGUACGACAGGAAAGAGCGUAUUCCUGUGUACUCUGCUUAUAUCUACCAGCCUGGAGAUGGAGUCAGACCUAGCAGAUGGCUGGUUGAGCCCCAGCUGGUGGGUCCAAAUUAUCCAAAAAAUAUGGAAAAAGAGUCGACCCUCUUAAAGAACUUCAGUGUAAGCUUAGAGCAACUCAGCAACAGCCAAGCUAUCCUGCAAGACUACAAGAACCUGACAGGCUUAGAACGUGGUCAUCUGAAUCCCAGUGGCCAUCAUAACAACUCCAGCAGCAGGAGGGCUACCUUCACCCUGACCAACAUAGUGCCUCAGGAUGCAGAACUCGGUGGAGGAGCUUGGAAGAACUACGAGCAGCAAACGAUGAUGAGAAUGACCAAGGACUGUAAAACCACCUAUGUCGUCACGGGUGCUGUGCCUGGGAAAAAAUAUAUAGCCAACAGAAGAGUUAAUAUACCCAGUUACAUCUGGUCAAGUGCCUGCUGUGAGGUGGAUGCCAACAACAGGAAGGCCUGGGGGCUCAUUGCUGAGAACAACAAGAAUGCAGUCGAGGAACUCAGUCUGCGGGAGCUGGAGGAGAGGUUGACUGACCUGUAUGGGAAUGGCUCAGUUUCCCUCUUCCACAGAGACUGUCCUCGGGACUAA